CUCCACCCAGCCCGUUGCCGCGCGGUCACCAGGCGACGGCCGAACGCGGGCGCUGUGCCGAACGCGCGCGCCGGGCAGCCUGUGGAGGGCGGACUGGGAUGGGCUCCCAUCGGGGGGGAUCCAGCACGGUGGCCGCGAGGACGCUGGACGCGGGAGGCAUGGAGGACGAGGAGGAGGAGAUCACCGCGGACACGCUGCGGUGCAGGCACCGGGCGCUGCCCCUGUCGGCGCUGUCCGCCUUCAGCUACAUCCCGCCGCGGCGCCUGGACCCCAAGGAGCACAGCUACUACUACCGCCAGGGCAAGACAGGAAUCAUUUCCCUCUAUGACUGUGUUUUUAAGAAAAACCCAGGUUAUAAUCAGAAAUUGCACCGAGACGACAGAGAACAUGCCAAAAGCCUGGGACUGCAUGUUAACGAGGAGGAACAGGAGAGGCCCGUGGGGGUGCUGACGUCAUCUGUCUAUGGGAGGCGCAUACACCAGCCCUUGGAGCCUCUGAACCGGGACUACAGCCGCGCCAACAAUCUGAAGACCGACUUCUACAGGAAGAAUGACAUCCCCAGUUUCAAGGCGCCCGGCUUUGGGCACAUCUCACCAGCCUGACGCCCUCCUUGUGGCCCGGAGGUGGCUGGCAAGGGAGGGGCAGGCCUUCUAGGAGCUGGCCUGAUGCCUCUGGGGUUGUGACAGCGGGAGGGUGGCACGGCUUUCCCUAAGGUUGCCUUGGCAAAGAGCCUGGCCAAGCACCUUUCAUACUGAAGAUGAACAUCGAGUGUCAUGGUAUUGACAUGAAACUAUUUCAGAUGAAAUGAUGCUGAUCCACUGUGAGCACCUGAAUAAAAUGAAAACUGUUCCCACUUGACAGUGGUUGGGUUGCUUUU